AUUUUAAAAGCCGAAAGGAAUUUUCCAUUCAAACAUUCAUUCAAAGUUUCUUGCCGUGGAAGGUUCUAGUAUACGGAACUUCAUUAGAAUAUUUGAACGAAUUCGGCUUAUAUCUGAGGUCUCUGCUCUCGAAGUCAUUCACUGAUCACUACAGGAAGCAAGCUCUCAUCAAACUCAGUCUUCAUCUCAUUCCUGAAAUUUCAAGAUGUCUCAACAAAUCAGCCUCCCUGCCAAACUGAUUAAUGGUGGCGUUGCUGGCAUCGUUGGGGUCACUUGCGUGUUUCCCAUCGAUUUGGCCAAGACCAGACUCCAGAACCAGAGACAAGGCCAGCAAGUCUACAAGAGCAUGGUUGACUGCCUCAUCAAAACAGUACGAUCUGAGGGAUACUUCGGCAUGUAUAGAGGUGCUGCGGUUAAUCUCACACUUGUCACUCCUGAGAAGGCCAUCAAACUGGCUGCUAAUGACUUCUUCCGAUGCAAACUCUCCAAAGAUGGGAGAGGGCUGACUGUAUUUAGAGAGAUGUUGGCUGGAUGUGCUGCUGGCAUGUGCCAGGUUAUCAUCACUACUCCAAUGGAGAUGCUGAAAAUUCAGCUACAGGAUGCUGGGAGACUAGCUGCUCAACAGAGAAAACCAGGCAUCAUUCCUGCCACUAGACUGGCGACCACAAAUGCGGUGUUGAGUCGUUCCUACAACGUGGUGCCCAACGCCUCACCCAGGGCCAUAUCUGCAACCCAGAUCGCAAGAGAGUUACUGCACACUAAAGGCAUUCAGGGGCUGUACAAAGGCCUUGGAGCAACUCUAUUGAGAGAUGUACCUUUCUCGAUCGUCUACUUCCCUCUCUUUGCGAAUAUGAACAAGUUGGGUAAGCCUUCCCCUGAUGAAGCUGCGCCAUUUUAUUGGUCGUUCAUCUCUGGAUGUGUCGCAGGCUCCACGGCUGCUGUUGCCGUUAACCCAUGUGAUGUGAUUAAAACCAGGCUGCAGUCUCUAAGCAAAGGAGCCAACGAAGAAACCUACAGCGGCAUAAUUGACUGUUUCAGCAAAAUCAUAAAGCGAGAAGGCCCAUCUGCCUUCUUGAAGGGCGCGGGCUGCAGGGCUCUCGUCAUCGCGCCGCUGUUCGGUAUCGUGCAGGUCAUGUACUUCGUCGGCGUGGGCGAGUUUAUCAUGAGCCAGUCUCCUCUAAAGCUAAUCUCUGACUGAACAGACCCAUGGUACCUCUCAGACUGUGGCAGCUACAUAACCAACUGUACAUUUACAAGCGAAGAUAAACAUUAAUCAAGAUGGGUAGAGUUGUCGAGAGAAUGGCAAGUUCUACCCUGGUUAAGUUCCUGUGAGUUUUUCCAGCCUUACCGCACUUCCUCUAUGGUUUACAGGCUUAUUUGAUGGGCUGUGGCCAGCAUUUUGCACUUGUUGGUAAGGAUACAUCUGGAGGACAGCGCUUAAGACGUGCUUACGUUUUCUAGAAGCAUAUGUGAAGGUUUCCCCUCAAUGAGGGAGACUGGUGUCACUGUAAUGACACUAAGGAUUUUCUUGACUUUUUUUUUUUUUUUUUUUUUU